GUCCAACAUAGUCUUGAUGAUCUCUCCCUGUGGGUCAAGGGCUGAGGAAAGGAUGGGUCGCCCUCUGAGCGCCCGCUUCCUGGGCCUUCUUUCUCACCCACUAAAUGUCAACGCCAGGUUUUCAACUGUUGUGUGAUACACUCUUAUGUAAAAAUUUCUCUCCACAUUGCACUGCCUGCCAAAAUGACAACGUUAUUGUGCGCGUCUCUUCCCUGCAAUUUGAAUACUUGUUAUUCUGCCAUGGGUUCAAAUUCCCACAAGCAAGGUCGUGGCUGCGUAAGCGGCCCUUCUAGUUGUUAGCGGCUCACACAAUCUGGACGGAGAGGUGAUCGAUAUCCGAACUACCGUCCCCACCCUAGGUGAUGGAGGCGAGAACAGUGUUCUCAUGGAAGUCAUACACGAGGUUGAUCUCUCGCGGGAGGAGGCGGAGCAUUUUGUUCAGCGCGUGGAGCGCCAGUUGAAGAUGCUUCGCUCUUUGAUUUAUACAAACAUUGCUCGAUUCCAAGAAUGGAUAGUGAAUCUUGAGGAUAAGACCUGGCUUCGCGCGAGAGUUACAUACGCUGGUUGUGAGGGAGGGAAAGUGAUGGAUUAUCUCAGCGCAAAUGUGAAUGCGGAUCGUCAAAGACUGAUUCUUGGGGUUUCCCGAGGGCUUUCAUAUCUUCACUCUAACGAUGUCGUUCAUGGGAAUCUCAAUCCAGGCAACAUUCACAUCGGUCAUGAUGUCGGUGACGAGAAUCCCAUUCCUCGAAUCAGCGGCUUUGGGUUCUCGUACGCCAUGAGAGAUGAACCCGUCCACCUCAAAGUGGAGGGCGCGUUCUCUGUGUCCUUAAGAUAUAUCGCCCCAGAAAUUCUGGCUGGAGACGGAGUCCCAUGUGACCGAAAAGGUGACGUUUGGUCCCUUGGAUCCACGCUGUCAUACUCCUCGGUAGACGUCCCUACGAGAGUAUCCGCAACGAAUACCACCUUCUAUUCGCAGUCGUGGACCCCUACGAGUGGGACUCCUCGGGUCCUUGCCAUGAAACGCUUCAGAGGUGUCUCGUACGCGAUCCUUCUCUCCGUCCCGCCCUCGGUGAAAUUGUCGAAAGUUUAGAACUGGCCGUUACCCCUUCAGGACCCAAGCGCAAGCUUCUUGGAGUGGGCGAACGCGAUCCCGCCGACACCAUGCCCAGUGAUCCUAAACCUCGCCGCUUUCCCUUCUGGUUCAGGAAGCCACAGCC